CUGUGCUGGUGAGACUUACACUUUCAGCCAACCAUCAUGAAUUUAAACAUAUUAAUUUUACUCUGGGCAUUUUGCCUAAGCAAAGGACUUGUUGCUAACGCUCAGUCACAAAACUCAGUGAUAUGUUGCGCAUUUGGAAAAGGAGGAUAUCUAACAACGAAAAACAUAGCCAUUAAUUUAAAAUCUACUUGUGUGUAUAAUUUUGUGCAGCAAAAGUCUGAUUCUCUGCCUGCCUUUGCUGCUACAUUAUCACGAGAUACGGAUGGUAACCUGGAAAAUAUUAAAAUCAGUAUAGGUCAAGCCACAAUUGACCUGAAGCAAGACUCCGUAACAAUUGAUGGGAACAUACAAAGUCUACCAGUUGACAGUGGCACACUCCAUGCUCAGAAAACAGAAGUUUCUAUAACAGUGACUGAUCGAUCAUCAUCGACAGAAUUUGUGUAUAACUAUUAUGAGAACAUGAUAUGUGUAACGUAUGAUGCAAAUGUUAACAUCACUGGACUAUGUGAAGGUGUAGAGCCUGUAACAGAUGAUAAUUUGCUUGACUUGGAAAGGAGAUCUGUGGUGCCAAAUCCUGAUAAGCCAUGUUCUCCAGAGUUCCCAACUUCAAAUAAUGAAUCAGUAUGUGAAAAUGGAACACAAACCUGCAGUGCUAUAAAAAAAUAUUUAGGGCCUUGUCCAGACACUAUCCAAAAUGAAAUACUGAAAGUUUGUUCAAUUGAUGUUUGCACAUCUGGUGGAAGAAAAGAAAGUGCAUGUUCAAGCUUGUCGCUAUUAGUCCAGAUGUGCUUUCCAUAUGCCAGUUAUUCUGAACUCAAAUUGUGGAGAAGCGAUCCAGAUAUAGCAUGCGCUCCACCUGUGUGUGAAGGAGACUUAGAAUAUAAUGAGUGUAGUACAAGACCUCAGGAAAUAUGCUCUUCAGCAGAGUUAUCACUCUCAUCAUCUACCUUCCCAAAUAAUAUAUGUGUGAGAUCUUGCAAUUGCCCAUCUGAUUUGGUUUUAAAUGAUCUUGGAGCUAAUGAUACAUGUAUUCCAAGAACCGAAUGUCCAUGUAAAUAUGACAAACAAGUAUAUCAACCAGGGUUUAACUUAACAACUCCAUACUCAUCAUGUGUGUGUGCCAGUGGAACAUGGAAUUGUAAAAACCAGGAAAGCCCCGCAAUGUGCAAACUAGAAGUUGGAGGAUACAUACAAACCUUUGAUGGCACUGCUUAUGCCAUUUCCGGAAACUGUGAAUAUCGUCUAGUACAGACCCAAAAUAUUUCGAUUAUUAUAAGCAUUCAGCAGUCUCAGCCAUCAGAACCGCAGCCAGCUGUGGAGUAUGUCACCAUCAUAAAAACGGAAACUGCAACCCAUUGUACUUUGUGGAAUGAUGGAACAGUCUCUGUAGAUGGAAAAGAAAUAUCUGAAUCUUAUAAAGGAAAGGAUUUUGAAGUAAUUAAGGAAUCUUCUAUGUACACAACAAUCUUGUUUUCAAGUAAUCUUCAGAUGCAGGCUCAAACUUAUCCAUUAUUGCAACUGUACAUAACAGCACUGCCAGAUGCUCACGGGAAAACAACAGGUCUGUGCGGUAUAUUUAAUGACAAAGGUAGUGAUGACCUCACAUCUCCAGACAAUAUUAUAGAAUCAGAUCCUACUAUAUUUGCUGACAAAUGGAAAACAAAAUCUUGUACAGACCCAGAUCGUGCUGCAUGUGUUAACAUGCAAAAUGAAAAAUAUGCAGAAAGCAGUUGCAGUGUCUUAAAGGAUUCCAGUGGUGUAUUUGGCCCAUGUCAUUCUGCAGAGGACUUCAAACCCUAUUAUGAGAAAUGUAAGAGCACAACAUGUAUUUCUAACCAACCAACGACCACCAUGUGUGAGUCACUGGGGAACUAUGCCAAAGCAUGUGCUUUAAAGAACAGACCUGUUGGUGACUGGAGGAAUGGCACUUGUGAGGUGCAAUGUGAAAAUGGGAUGGUCUUCAGAUAUGACAUGACUGCGUGCAACCAAACUUGUCAAUCUCAGUCAGUGCCAGACUUUACCUGUAAUGUCAAUCUUCCACCAGUAGAAGGUUGCGGAUGUCCUGAUGGAAAGUUCAUCGAUAUGUCUGGAAACUGCGUUGAGAAGGAUAGAUGUGAAUGCUACAUAAAAAAUACUGUUGUACUCCCUGAUCACCCAUAUACUGAUGGCAGUACAAAAUGUUAUUGUUACGAUGGAAAAUUACACUGUGUGAAUCCUCUACCUCAGACAGAAGAAUGCUUCAAUGGCAGCUAUUAUGUGGACUGCAGUGACGUGAAUAUAAUUAGUGAGAGGACCUGUUCUGAUGGGGAAAUGCCAACUUAUAAGACAUGUACACCUGGAUGUUACUGCCCAGAACCCUUGGUUAAGUAUAACGACACAUGCAUUGAUGUUGAAGACUGUCCCUGCAGCUUUGGAGGAAUUUUGUAUAGCACAGGAACCACAGUUCAGUCAAAGUGUCAAAACUGCACUUGCUUUAAAGGAACAUGGGAAUGUACAGAAGACCGAUGCACAUCAAAGUGCUAUGUAUCUGGAGAUGGAAGUUAUGUGACAUUGGAUGAGAAGUGGUACAAAUUUGAUGGCACUUGUGAAUACAUACUUGUUACGGAUGCCUGUGGGAAAGACAAUGGCAGUCUUGUUAUUACAACUAAAAGUGUCCCUUGCUGUCAAAAUGGAGUUGUUUGCUCAAGAAUCACCAAAGUACAGUAUAUGAACAAGAUGUUUACUAUAGAAGAUGGCACUAUAACAGUGGAUUUUAGCAGUAAGACAUGUGAGGAUGCAUAUCCAGAUUACAAAAUCCAUUCAAAUGGCGUGUUUGUAACGCUUGAAUUGGAAAAUGGGGUAACUGUGUCUUCUGACAAACACACUUAUGUAAGCAUUGCGAUGGAUGAAAGAUGGACUGGGAACACAUGUGGCCUUUGUGGCAAUAACAAUGACAAUGUUAAAGAUGACUUUAUCACAAGAGAUAAAAUGCAAGUUGGGGAUUCAGUGACAUUUGCAAACACCUGGAAGACCGAAGGAGCUCAGUGUCCAGAUGUGGUAGAGCAGAAAUUCCCAUGUGAAUUAAAUCAAUACUGCUAUCCCAAGGCACUUCAGAAAUGUAGUAUAAUCAAGGGAGACAUCUUUAAAGCCUGCCAUGCCAAGGUUAACCCAGAGGGUGCUUAUUACAGGUGUAUUCAAGAAGCCUGUUCCUGCAACAUGGAAGCGACAUUCUCUGGGUUUUGCACAGCUGUAGCAUUAUAUGCAAAAGAAUGUAAUAAUCUGGGUGUUUGCAUUUCAUGGCGUAAUACUGAUCUGUGCCCUGUUUCUUGUGAUUAUUACAAUCAAAAAGGAGAUUGCAGUUGGCACUAUAAUGCAUGCGGACCAUCAGAAGGACUAACUUGUAGUGGUGAAGCUGUCAAAGACUUUGCUUCAGGAUUAGAAGGAUGCUAUGCCAAAUGUCCAAAUCAUGCACCAUAUCUGGAUGAAAAUUAUAACAGAUGUGUGAGUUUAUCUGAGUGUAGCUGUCGGUCUACUAAUCAGAUAGUACCAGCGAAUGGAAUUGUUCAGUUUAAAGCAGAUAACUGUUGCCUUACAUGUGUAUGCGCAAAUGGGAAAAUGAUAUGCGAGGAAGGAUGUAAUGCAACCACAACCACAACUACAACAGCUGCUACCAUUUCAAUGACAACUAGUUUACAUCCUUUAUAUACAACAACAGCUGCUGCACCGACACCAUCAACAUCUGCAUCUGUAGCACCACCAUCCAGUACAGCACCUUCAGCAUCAACUACUAAAUAUACAGGGUCACCUACUGCUACUCCAGCUCCAACAACAGCUGUUACACCUGCAUCAUCGCCAACUGCAUCUGUAGCACCACCAGCCAGUACAGCACCUUCAGCAUCAACUAUUAAAUAUACAGGGUCACCUACUACUACUGCAGCUUCAGCAACAGCUGUUACACCUGCAUCAUCGCCAACUGCAUCUGUAGCACCACCAUCCAGUGCAGCACCUUCAGCAUCAACUAUUAAAUAUACAGGGUCACCUACUACUACUGCAGCUUCAGCAACAGCUGUUACACCUGCAUCAUCGCCAACUGCAUCUGUAGCACCAACAUCCAGUGCAGCCUCUACCUCUGCAACUAUUGCAGAAACAACUACUACUGCACCCCUGACCACAACAGCUCUCAGACUAACAACUGUACACCCUACAACAACAACAAUAAAACAAGUGACAGAGAAACAGGUUUCAGGAACCACAGGUACAACAAGUACAGAGAUUACAACACCUCCACAGUGUCUUUGUAAAACUAAUCCUCCUAGAAAGCCUUUUGAAAGUUGGCAACAAGAUUGUGGUGAUGCCUUCUGCACUGAAAACUGCACUAUUAUUACUACCCCUAGAGAAUGUCCUAUAGAUAAGCCUUGCAAUUAUUCUGUAACGAUCAAUGAUGAUGAUUGUUGUCCCCGUCAAGAAUGCUACUGUAAAUGUGCUGUGUGGGGAGAACCUCACUACCUAUCAUUCGGUGGAGUUAAGUAUGAUUUCCCAGGAAAUUGCUCCUAUGUGCUGGUACAAGAAAAGUCUGCCGAGUCUGACUUUAAAGUAAUUGUGGAUAAUAUUGGCUCUGAUACUUAUGGAUCAUCUGUAAAAGGUCUUGUUGUAGAAUACAAAACUGAAGUUCUGACCUUGUCAACACAUCAAAAUGCAAUAUAUCUUAAUAACGGUCUUAUCAGUGCUCCGUAUGCUGGUAACUCGUUCAGAAUACGUUCUACAUGCCUUGAAACCAUUGUUGUCUUAAGUAAUGGAGCUCGUAUAAAAAUGGGUCAGUCAGGAGAUUUUGUCAUUGAAUUACCAGAAGAAAAAUUUAGUGGGAACACAGAAGGACAGUGUGGGGUCUGCGGAGGGAAGUCAUGCAUCAGAAGCAGUGGCAAAGUUGAACCAGAUACCUGCUGUCAAGCUACUGCAAAUGACUGGCUGAUUCCAGAUCAGAAUAAACCACAGUGCACCACAAUUAGUAAACCUUGCACCGUGCCACCUAUACAGCCACCACCAACCGAGAAACCAGUACCAUGUUCAGACCUUUGCUGCAUACUCGAAAAAUUUGAAAAUUGUGUUCCUCCUGAUGAGUUCAGUUUUCUCAAAGACUCUUGUGCAUAUGAUUAUGAACAGAAAAGAAAUAGAACAAUGCUGUGUGCUGGUCUCAGUUAUGCUGCAAAACAGUGUUCAUCAUGUAUUGACUGGCGCAGUGAAGCAUUAGAUGCAUGCAAUCCUGACUGCCCAAGUGGACUUCAAUAUUACACAUGUAAAAAUACAACAGAACAGUACUGUGAUGGAACUGAACCGAAGCCAUAUGAGGACUUUGAUAGCAAACAAGAAGGAUGCUAUUGUCCUGAAGGCAUGAUCAGAGAAUCAAAACACAGUGACAAGUGUGUUACACAAUGUUCCCCUUGUUGUGGACCACAGGGAGAGCCAAAAUACAUUGGGGACCAGUGGACUUCUAACUGCUAUGACUGCAUAUGUAGUGGUAUCACAGAACAAGUAGAAUGUACACCACGGGCAUGUCCACCAGUACCUAAGUGUCAAAGCAAUGAAGUACUAAAAACAUAUAAUGAUUCAGACAGCUGCUGCCCAAUUCAGAUUUGUGAACCUGUAACAUGUAUGUAUAAGGAAACGCAAUACAAGGCUAAUGAUAAAUGGUCCGACAGCUGCCUUGACUGUGAGUGUGAUGCAGUUUCAAAUUCAGUGACAUGUCAGUGUCAUGGAUGCCCACCAUAUCCUGUCUGCAGUAAAACUGAAAAACUGGUGAUAACACCCAACCCUUUGGAUCCAUGCUGUAACAGUUCUUACUGUGAACCACUUACGUGCAACUUUAAUCAAAUCAAAUACAAUCCUGGUGACAAAUGGACCACUUUCUGUCAAGAAUGUAUCUGUGAUAAGACCACAGCUUCAGUGAUUUGUAUACCUAAAACUUGCCCUCAAGAUCCUGUAUGCAGAGCAGAUCAGCAACUAAUAAAAACAUUUUCAAAUGGUUCCUGUUGUCCAGUAUCUCAGUGUGUUCCAAAGACAUGUGUAUAUCAAGGAAACACCUACACUGUCGGCCAGUCAUUUGUGGAUUCAAAGGACAAAUGCUUAAAACUGAAUUGUACAGCAAGUGGACUUGAUUCAAGUUAUGAAAAAUGCUUGUAUCAAAACUACUGUCCAGUGAACAACAGGAUCUACAGUCCAACCAGCUGCUGUUAUUCUUGUCAAUACAAAUGUUUGCCAGUUCCAAAAACUGUAAGGCUUGUUAAUAACACCUGCCAGGCUGACGUUGUAAUGGCAGAAUGUCGGGGUGACUGCACUGCUUUCAACUUAACAGCAAGAAAUGAUGCUCUGGUGAACACAUGUGCAUGCUGUGAUGUAACUGCAACUACAACCAAAGUGGUGAAUCUUGUCUGUCCAAACGGGAGUACAAAAAAACAUUAUUAUCAAGACAUUACAUCUUGCGACUGUUUGAAGUGCUCUAAAUAGUCAUAUUACUUGUUUCUUUUCUUUCAUUAUGAAAAAAUAUAUAUUGUCUGCAUUUUUUGUUAUACCGCCCUGCAGAUUAUUCUGUCUAAUUAAAAAUUUUAGUUAUUAAUAAUAUUGAUAUCUAUUGACAUUGUCAAUUUUCAUAAAAGAAAACUUUUACUUGUUUUGCUUAUCUGCAUUAUCCUGUACUGCAUCUGUACAAAUAGUUUAAUGAGUACACAUUAAAAUAAAUUGUAUGCAACUGCA